GACUGAAUCUGCUUUUAUCUGAUGGAUUCACACUGUAAUCAGACUCUAAAUCUGACCCCACAUGGUCCUUCAUGCCUCGGACCUGCUCCUGAUACUCCAGUGUCUAAUUCAUUAGGAUCAUCAGAUUCACAGCAGAUUUAGAUAUGCUCAAUUCCCUCCUGCACUCUGGAGCUCUCUACAUCUCUGGCUGUGGAGGUUCUCUUCUGACGAGUCUCGGUGUGCUGGAGGACCACGCUACUCUCUCUAGCACUCCUGUCCAGCUGGUCAUGUGACUUCCUUCCCUCUGACACGGCUAAUGGUGUCUUCUCAGUUUUUAAGAUGGCCUCUCGAACUGUCCGUCUCCAGCAGAACCCUGUAGAUGUACUUUGAGUUUAAAUGUGAAGCAGGUACAUCAGAGAACCAUCAUGGCAGAUCUAGAUAAUAAAGAGCAGACUGAGCUGGAUCAGGCCGAUAUGGAGGACGUUGAAGAGGUGGAGGAAGAAGAAACUGGAGAGGACAGCAAAGCUCGACAGUUGACGGUUCAGAUGAUGCAGAAUCCUCAGAUCCUGGCAGCACUGCAGGAAAGACUCGAUGGACUGGUGGGUUCUCCAUCAGGAUACAUCGAGAGUCUACCUCAGGUGGUGAAGCGGCGGGUGAACGCUCUGAAGAACCUGCAGGUGAAGUGCGCUCACAUCGAGGCCAAGUUCUACGAGGAGGUGCACGAGCUGGAGAGGAAGUACGCCGCGCUCUACCAGCCUCUCUACGACAAGCGCAGUGACAUCAUCAAAGCAUCGUAUGAACCCACAGACGAGGAGUGCGAGUGGAAACAGGCUGAUGAGGAGGAGCUAUCAGAUGACCUGAAGGAGAAGGCGAAGGUGGACGAGGAGAAGAAGGACGAGGAGAAGGAGGAUCCUAAAGGAAUCCCAGAGUUCUGGCUGACCGUGUUUAAGAACGUGGACCUGCUCAGUGAGAUGGUGCAGGACCACGACGAGCCCAUCCUCAAGCACCUACAGGACAUCAAGGUCAAGUUCUCAGAUGCAGGGCAGCCCAUGAGCUUCAUGUUAGAGUUCCUCUUCGAGCCCAACGAGUUCUUCACAAACACGGUUCUCACCAAAACCUACAAGAUGAGAUCAGAACCGGACGAGUCGGACCCCUUCUCAUUCGACGGUCCUGAGAUCAUGGGCUGCACGGGGUGCACGAUCGACUGGACCAAAGGCAAGAACGUCACCAUGAAGACCAUAAAGAAGAAGCAGAAGCACAAGGGCAGAGGAACCGUCAGGACGGUCACCAAAACUGUUCCAAACGAUUCCUUCUUCAACUUCUUCUCUCCUCCUGAAGUACCAGAGAGCGGUGAGCUGGACGAGGACUCGGAGGCGAUCCUGGCGGCUGAUUUUGAGAUCGGACACUUUAUUCGUGAACACAUCGUACCUCGUGCUGUGCUCUACUUCACUGGAGAAGCUAUCGAGGACGAUGAUGAUGAUUACGACGAGGAGGGAGAGGAGGCUGAUGAUGAGGAGGGAGAGGAGGAAGCUGAUGAAGAAAACGAUCCCGACUACGAUCCCAAGAAGGACGCGAACCCUCCUGCAGAGUGUAAGCAGCAGUGAUGGAUGCUGGGACGUACCUGUAUACCCCCCCCCCCUCCUCCAGACUCCCGCUCUUACAGCCUUAUGUUUUCUAUUCUCUCUCUCUGUUGGUAGAGUUAUUACACUUACUGACUUUCUUACACUCGUUCAUUCAUUCAUCAUAAAUAAAUACUCACUCACUCACCCACCCACAGACUCACCCACUCAGUGAUGGAACAUUCCAGACUCAUCAUCACCUCCACUCUUCUACAGCUUCAGUCAGGAUCAAACAUCACACAUCAAACAUUCCUGCUCCCUGAUUGGCUGUUAGAGCGACCAUAGACCGAUCCGAGAGCCGAGGGGCGGAGCUUACAGUACAUCUGAGGAUUGAGCCGAUCACAGAAUGGAACCCAGCACUCUGAUUGGCUGUUUUAGGCUCCGCCCACACACUAGCCUUUCGAUGCAGUUCAUGGUUUUCUACAGUAGCACUUCAGCCAAUCAGGUUGCAGCUCUGAAACGAUUCUAGCUCACUUCUAGUCCUUGAAUUGGUUCGUUCAUGACCAUUGGCUCCGCCCCAACUGUAGCCUUAUUGUGUACAGAACUAACGCCGCUCUCCGAUUGGCUGAAUUCACGACCUGUCGUUCUCGUAGCUGGGUGGUUUAGACUCCGCCCUCACCUGUUCUCUAAUCUGAUUGGUUGUGUGUUCUUGGGUUAAAGGUUCUAAACGGUUCCAGAGAUGCGUUUGGUUGUUUCCGUUUCCUGAUUGGCUGCACGUUCCGAGUGGUCAGUCCUGCUGUUUUGUGAUUGGUUGAUUUCUGAUUGACGAGUUUGAAUAGCACUUUUGAUAGCUUAGCAGAGUUUAGGAUUGUAGUACUGAAACUUCUCUGAUUGGCUGAGUAUGGGUCUGUGAUUUAGGCUCCGCCCACAUACUCGUCAUGAAGGAGUUCUGUACGGUUUAAGAACUUCCUGUUGUGUAGCACUUGUACUGACGGGAACGGUUCUGCUCUCUGAUUGGCUGAAUCCUGUUAAACAAGACUGUUCAGUGAUCUAGUUGAGGACGCUUUCUGCUCUGUGAUUGGCUGAAUCCUGACGGACCCCCCCCCCCCCCCCUUACAGUAGCAGACCCCCCACAGUGAGUGUAUGGGUGUGUUCCUCCUGACUGAAUGAAUGAAUGAGGGUGAAUUAAUCUUCCACUCAUCACUAAUGUAUCAGACUCGGUGUGUUCAGUAUAAUAAUAAUAAUAAUAAAGAGAUGAAACCUU